GCUCUAGUCAAAGUGUCAUUUUAUUUCUCUGUUGUUCACUGCUCUUUGAAGACACGCCAGCAGACGAUAGAAUGGUUGGUAUAACGAUGCAUCAAGCUGCUGUUAUCUUGGCAAAUUUACACUUGGGGCUAGCCACUUCUCAAUGGACAUGGAUACACCAUCUUUUCCUAUGGGGUAGUAUGAUAUUAUCGUUUGCAUGGACUAUAUGCUUUGGUCUUGUUCAAGUCACCCAUAAAAUCUACUUUGUUUCUAUUGUUACUUUAUCAAGCAAGGAAUUCUGGUCACUUUGCGCGUUGAUAUCUGUUACAGCUCUGUUACCAAGGUAUUCACUAUUGGCACUACGAAGAACAGUCUGUCCCACACAGAUUGAUGAAGAUCAGAUCCAGAAAAGAACUAAACCACGAUUUAAUGCAGCACAUAAAAUAGAUGCAAAUGGGUAUAAUGAAGAACCAAAAACACAAAGUUCUGUCGUUAUGUUAUAAGAAUAAGGAUAUAGAAUUUCCUUUCCAAACCAACAAAUAACAAAAAUAACCAGAUCCUUAAU